UGUGUAUCAACCAUUUCACAGCUAUUCACCACAAAUCUAGCUUUUUUUGAAUCACAGGACUUACUAAAGUUUUGUUUUGGUCGUUUGAUAAUUCAAUAAAAAUGAAGCUCAAAACAAAGCCCUCGUCUCAUAAGUCAGAAAACACUUUCCGGUUUCGCACGUUUUCUGAGAGGCUCGCAAAUGUAAACAUUAAUGUCAUCCAUCGAAUUGAUCGGACGGGAAGUUAUGCAGAGGAGGUAGAAACCUAUUUUUUUGAGGGAUUAUCAAAAUGGAGAGACCUGAAUUUGACCGAACACUUCACUAUAUUUCUACGAGACGUGUCAAACAAGAGCCAGUCCUUCAAUAUGCUGGUCUUCCAUCAAAACGCCAUAGUGGAAAGUCUGAAGACCCACAUGUUAGUGAAGAACAGCAUGGCUUACCAACCUCUACUAGAUCUUGUAGUUCAGCUUGCACGAGACCUCCAGAUGGACUUUUACCCCCACUUCCCUGAUUUCUUCGUCAUCAUUACAUCUUUACUGGACACACAAGACACUGAGGUGUUGGAAUGGGCCUUCACAUGCUUGUCUUACCUGUACAAAUACCUCUGGAGACUGAUGGUUAAUGAUAUGGACAAGAUAUACAGUCUUUACAGUAAUCUUCUGUCUCACAAGAAGGAUCACAUUCGUAACUUUGCUGCUGAGAGCUUCUCAUUUUUGAUGAGAAAGGUUGCAGAUUAUGAUGCUCUCUUCACACUCAUGUUCAUGGAUCUGACUAAACACCCUCAGAAGGCAAAAGGAGUAGGUCAGCUGAUCUUUGAGAUGUGUCGAGGAGUCCGCAACAUGUUCCACUCCUGUGCCACUAAGGCUCUUCCAGUGGUGCUGCAGAAGCUUGGCCCAACAGUCGGGCAAGAUGUUGUUCUGUCUUGGGACUCCAUUAAAGAAGCUCUGGAUCAUAUGGUUGAGUCUUCAGCCAACUAUGUUGACAGAGAGCACCUGCUGCUGCUGUGGGACUCUUUAGAGGGCUCUCUAAAAGAAGUUCUUGGAAAGCUAGAGACGAAUGAUAACAAUCAAGCUAAUGAACAUAUGGAGAGGGUCCUGUAUAUCUACCACACCCUGGUGGAGCAUCGCAAAGGAGCCAAGAUCACAAAACCACAGUCUGUCUGUGAGACACUUCUUCAGUUAGUUCAGGCAUCAGGACUUUCAUACUCCUGCUGCAGGCUGCUUUUACAAGUAUUAACAUCCCUAUUGAUGGGGGAGACUAUAUCAUUAACUGCCAGCAGUAUCCAGGAACUGGUGAAAAAGGUCUUCCAAAGCAGGAUGGACCGAGACCUCAUAUUGUCAUUUGCGAAAGAGAUGUUUGACAUGAAACAGUUUGAGCAGUUGUUCUUGCCAAGUAUGCUGCAGUAUCUUGAGCAGCUGUUCUUCAGUGAGGACUCAGUGAACAGACAGCUGGUUCUGGAACUGCUGGUUGGUCUGAUUCUGUCCAAAGCUCCGCCCCCCACUGACGGCUCCAUGGCUUUUGAGAAGUACCCUUUAGUCUUCACCGGACAUACUGUCAGGUCGACUGGUCCUGAAAGAGACCAGGCAGUAUCUGUUCCCCAGCAGAUCCUCUCUCUUCUAGACAUCCCGGUUGACCAGACACUCUCUGACCUUUCCCAUCCUUGGGCUGCAUUGGUGCUUCUCCCACAUGUUAGGCCGUUAGAAGCAGCGAGUGUUAUACCAAUCGUCACUGCACUUCUGAACAGAUUACUGCAUGAAGUAUGCAGUGAAACACUGGGAAGAGGGGGACUCUUUGUAGCCCGACAGGCUAUAAGCACACUGCACAGCUUCAAGGAGACAGCUGCAGUAUUGUCACUGCUGCCAGUAGAGCUGGUCAGAAACAUCUUGGAGAAAUUCCCCACUGAUCUUUCAGCACUGUUGCUAGGAGAUCUGUACUACACCAGACUGUCACUCAAUGGCUGCACAGCUCAGCUAUCCCAUGAUUCCCUGCUGGAAUUGUACCACAUUCUACAAUCCAACUUUUCUUCAAACAUUUCCAAGAUUCGUCUGCUGACUCUCAGAAUGAUGUCCAACUUUGAAGCUAAUCUUCCUAAACCAGCAGAGGGAGAGGAGAGCUCCAAUUCGCAGACAGUGUUCGCCAUCUGUCUGCAGGCAGAGCAGAUACCAGCCACAGUGCAAGACUACAGGGAAAAGCUGCUACACCUGCGUAAACUGCGAAAUGACCUUGUGCAGCCGUGUCUGCCCCAGGGACCUUUCCAUGAGGUUCCACUUCGUUAUCUUAUCGCAAUGCUGUUCGUCAAUUUCAGACCUCUGUGGGAUGCUGUCAUUGAUCUGAUAGUGACACAUGCAAAAGACAUGGACAGCAAGUCAUUUUGGAAGGUCUACUAUGAACAUCUGGAGAUGGUCGCUGGUUUAGCUGAGGAAGAGCUUCAGGCAGAAGAUGAUGAAGACGAUGAGGAGGAUGGGGGUGGUAAAGAUCAAUCCUCAAGGCAGAUCAGAGGGCCGGGGACAGACGUGAUUGACAGUGGGGACGUGGGAGUUCUGUUUCUGGAGCAGCUGGACCAGGCAGCAGACCCCAGCGAGCGUACGGACUUCACCAACUUCCGCGGCCUGCUGUGGCGAGCCAUGGCCAUGUUUCCAGAAAGAGUGGAGCCACACAGCCGAGAGCUCAGCCCAUUACUGCUGCGAUUCAUUAGUAAUGAGUUCUACCCAGCCGACCUGCUGGUGGCUCCCACCCAAGACCUCAUGAAGAAGCGCAUCUCUUCAUCAGAGCAAGAGAUGGGUGAAGAAGCAGAUGAUGACAUGGAAGAUGAGGAGGAAGAUUCCAAACAAUCCAAAAGGAAGAUUCCAAGAAGAGCAGCGGCCAAGCAGCUCUUUGCUCACUUGAAGGUCUUCUCCAAAUUCACCAACCCUAAAGCUUUAUAUCUGGAGCCAAGCUUGAAUGAACUAUAUACACAGCUUCUAUGCCAUAAAGACCAACAAGUACAGAAAAUAGCCCUGGACUGUUUGAUGACAUACAAAGACCCAAACAUUCUGCCUUACAAAGAGAACCUUGAGAAACUUCUGGAUGAUAAGCAAUUCAAAGAUGAAAUUGUCCAUUUUAACAUCUCAGAGGAAGGAGCAGUGGUGCUGCAGUCACACCGACCCAAACUCAUCCCCAUGCUAAUGAGGAUUCUGUACGGGCGGAUGCGCACUAAGGUUGGUAAUAAGUUUCAGGGUAAGGCGGGCUCAUCCUCACGCUCCUCGAUAGUGCUGCGCUUCCUUGCCAGCUGCCAGCCGGAGGAGAUGGGCAUGUUCAUAGAUCUUCUGCUGGAGCCCGUCUGUCAUCAUAAUGAAGGAACAUGUCUGACUGCAGUGGAGCGAGCAAUCGCUGAAACAAACCCAUGUGCUGUUCUCCCUGUGGGUCGGCAGCACAGUCUGCUCAACAUCAUAGAUGUUAUCAUCCAUAAACUGGGUCACCUCAUCCACAUCUACCUGCCCAAACUUCUGCAGAUUCUGCUGUGCAUCACGGCCUCCGUGUCAAUUAUACUGGAUCACAGGGAGGAGCUAAAGCCUGGUUGCAUCGGUCCACUGAAGAACUUGCGGCGUCUGGGGAUUCUGCAUAUUCAAGAAUUCUUUGACGGCUUUGAGUCGUACAGCUUUACUUCAGAUGAGCUGGAUGCUGUGUUCCAAGCCAUAGUGUGGCCUCAGGUGUGUCGUCUGCCCACCGAAAGCCCAUAUGCACCAACACCCCUCCUGAAGCUCAUCUGUUUGUGGAGCCAAAACGCCAAAUUUUUCCCCUUGCUCGCUAAGCAGAGACCAGGCCACCCCGAGUGUGAUGUCCUGCUCAAUGUUUUUGCUCUGCUAUCCGCCAAAAACAUGUCUGCCAACACGACAGCCAUGGUGAUUGACAUAGCAGAGAGUUUGCUGAACACGCCAGACUUCAUACCCACAGAGGAGGAGUUAGAGCUGAGUGUGAACGACUGUGUGAUCCCAGAGCCUGAACAGAGUUCUGACAUCACAGAGCCUUUGAUGGUCGGCUGUCGUCUGAUACUUCCUCAUAUACCAGCACUGCUGCAGUACCUCAGCGGAGUUGUGCGGAACUCUGAACGCCUCAAGAGGAAGAAAUUUAGAGCUCAAGUUAGCAAAGAGCUCAACAUUCUCUCCAAGAUCAGCAGAUUUGUGACUGACAAGGAACAGAGUUCCACACUGAUCAGUUUGCUUUUACCGUAUCUUAACAAACCAAAAACUGCUCAGGAAACAGAGAUGGACAUUCUGGCUACAGUGCAGAACUUACUGAAACGGUGUUCGGAGCCCAGCACAUUCCUCAAGCCACUCAGUAAACUUUUCUCUGUCAUCCACAACAGACUCCCUCGUCAGGCUCUGUGUGAGGUGUUCCAGACUCUGUCAGACAUCGACAGUGAGCUGAAGUACAUCACAGAUGUUGCUGUUCAACUCAGUGCGUUUGACAGUCGACAUCUGGACGAGAUUUACUUUGACGUGCGUCUGGUGGCGUUCCAGAAGGUCAACAAGCACAUUAAGGAGAUGAGCACGCUGGAUAUGAGAUACCUGACUGCUGUCAUGCAUAACUGCUUUCAUUCUUUUACAAUUGGGGACAUGUCUUUGGCUGACAGUGCCACAAUGUGUCUGUCAGCAAUAAUAACGCGGCUUUCUGAAGUGGGAUGCCCAGAGGCGGAUUACAAAGAGAUUGUGCAGUACACAAUAUUGGAUGCACUUCGCAAGGGCUUGAAGAGCAAGAUUGAGAGUGUACGAAGUGAUUACACUACAGUUCUGGCCUGCCUGGUGAAGACAUUCCCAAACCGAUCUGAGUUCUGUGAACUGGUGCAGCUGACAAACUACAGUGAUCCCGAGUCUGAUUUCUUUGAACACAUGAAGCACAUCCAGAUUCACAGAAGGGGACGAGCUCUCAGGAAGUUUGCCAAACAGCUGACCGAGGGCACGAUUGUGAUGUCUUCGCGUUCGAUGCAAAAUUACAUCAUGCCCUACGCCAUGAUUGCUCUGUUUGACGAAAAACUGCUGAAGUAUGAAGCCAUGACAACGGCAGCAGUUGACCUUAUUGGUGCUGUGUGCAAACGCCUCACCUGGUCCAAGUAUUUAUUCUACCUCAAACAUUUCGUCCAUGUUCUACAGACCGGCUUAGCUGAGCAGAAAUUGGCUGUCAGCUUGUUGGUGACUGUUCUUGAGGCAUUCCAUUUUGACCAUGAGACUCUAAGCAAGGAAAUCGAGGCAGCCAAGGCCAGGAAGACAGAAGUGCCCAGUAAUGUGGAGGAAGAUGCUGAGGAGGCAGCAGAAACCAUUGACAUGGACGAACUUGAUGCUGAGGCUGCCAUGGAAACCGAUGAUGCAGGAGCAGCCAUUUCCACAGCAAAAGAAGCUAUGGACACUGAAAUACAAGACUCUGCCAAACCAAAAGUCCCCACAGAGAUUCAGGCAAAGAAAGCACCCCCUGUUGUCAGCAGUGGGCUUCCACAGAGUCAAGAGGAUUUAGAAGCUCUUAUCUCAUCCAUUCAUCGUACAGUCACCCAAAGUGUCUUGCCCAAACUCCACAAGUGUCUCAUUGCAAAGGUUAAAAGAGAUGAUGAGCACAAGACGAUGAAGUCUAAGGAGGUGAAAGAUGAAGAGGUGCUCAGAGUGCCUAUUGCCUUUGCCAUGGUUCAACUCAUGAAGUCUCUCCCACAAGAAGUCAUGGAAGCCAAUUUACCUGGUAUCCUUCUGAAAGUGUGUGUCCACCUGAGGAGCCGUUUCCAGGAGAUCCGUGAUGUCGCUCGAAACACUUUGAUGAAGAUCAUAGAGACACUUGGACAUAAAUACCUCCAUUAUCUGCUUAAAGAGAUGCAGGGUGUCCUAGUGAAGGGUUAUCAGAUCCAUGUGCUGACCUUCACGGUGUACCAUUUACUCUCUAUUCUGAAACCAUCAAUGACCGGAGGAGAUCUUGACCCCUGCAUGGACAUGCUUGUUGCGAUCUUCAACAAUGAGCUGUUUGGGGCUGUGGCUGAGGAGAAGGCAAUCAAAGGCAUAGUUUCUAAAGUGAUGGAGGCCCGUCACAGCAAGAGCUCAGACUCGUACGAGCUUCUAGCCCAGUUCUGCAGUCAGGAGCGAGUGGUUCACCUCAUCCUGCCACUCAAAGUGAUACUUGAGAACACAGCCAGUUUGAAGGUCUCUAGGCGAGUGCAUGCUGUGUUUAGGAGAAUUGUGGCCGGUCUUCUGCUCAAUCAAAGCAUGACCCCUCAGUCAAUCCUACUGCUCAGCCACGGACUCGUUAGUCAAAGUCUGCAGCUCAUUACAAGCAAGAGCAAAGAGAAGCCUCUUCCUCCUCCAGACCCUCGACUGCCUCCUCCAAGCUGCUUACUUCUGCCGCCCAUUCCUAAGAGAGGAGGAGUGAAAGCUGCCAUCAGCAGCAGAACCAAUAUGCACAUCUUAGUGGAAACGGGUCUUAGUUUGCUUUACGGCAGUCUGAGGAGUUCAAAGGUCAACUCAUCUGUCGCAUCAGUACAGGAGAUGUUGGAUCCAUUCGUAUCUCUCCUGCUGGACUGUCUUAACUCCAUGCAUGUGAAGGUCAUUACUGAAGCCUUGCAGGCCUUUAUCUGGAUCCUGAAGUUCCCUCUGCCUGCAGUGGAACAGAAUUUUGAGCAGAUGACUAAACAGCUCUUUGUCCUGCUGAAGGACUACGCCAAAGCGGGUGCAGCUCGUGGCGAGAACUUCCACCUCGUUCAGAACUGCUUCAAGGCCAUAACUGUUUUGGUGAAGAGUGUGACACAGCAUAUAUCAGAAACGCAACUGCAGGUGCUGCUGGGAUAUGCUGAAGAGGACAUUUAUGAUCACUCUCGGCAAGCCACUGCGUUUGGCCUUCUUAGGGCGAUUCUCUCCAGAAAGCUGGUGGUGCCAGAAAUGGAGGAUGUGAUGACAAAAGUGGCCAAGUUCGCCAUCAGCGGGACAAACGAACAGGUUCGAGUACGCUGCAGACAGAUUUACCUGAAGUACCUGAUGGACUAUCCACUGGGGAAGAAAAUGAGGAAAAAUUUUGACUUCAUAGUGGCUCAGCUUAGUUAUGAAUAUGACACUGGCAGACAGUCUGGCCUUGAAAUGAUGGCUUUCAUUUUCCAGACGUUCCCUCAGAAACUCUUGCAUGAGCACUGCGGCCUGUUCUUUGUGCCUCUGUCGCUGGCUAUGUUGAACGAUGAUUCUGCAUCUUGUAAGAAAAUGGCAGCUCUGGCCAUCAAGUCUCUGUUGAAUCGGGUUGAUUUGCAGCAUCAGAACUCCAUGUUCAACCUUGUCAACAACUGGCUGACUGGAGAGAAGACGUCUCUGCGGCGACUGGGAGCUCAGGUUUGUGGGCUGUUUGCGGAAGUAGAAGGGGAAAAGUUUAGCCGAAGAAUUGAAGCCCUGAUACCUUUCAUAGAGUCUGAGAUCAACACUUCCAACUUUGAAGAAAUUGAGGAAGAGGAGGAUGAGAAGGCUGCUGACAGACUGCUGUUCUGUUACCUCACGCUCAUCGUCAAACUCAUCAAAGACUGCAGAUUUUUAGAGCUCCAAAAACCUAAAGAUCUGCUCAACAAUAUCUGGGGCCAUAUUGAUUCACAUCUGCGGUACCCUCACUCCUGGGUGUGGCUGACCGCCUCUCAGAUCUUCGGCCUGCUGUUUGCUGCUCAUAAACCAGAGGAUCUGGUGACCUUAUGGAAUUCUCAGGAGAACACACAUAAAACCACACAACCUGUGGCCACUGGUUUCCUCUCUAAAAACCUUGAUAAGAAGAUGAGAGAGCUGGUUUUAUCCUUCGGUUACCAACUGCAGUCUAAAUACCUGGAUAUUGCUGCUGGGGAGCAGGUGAUAAAGAACUUGCUCUACGUAGCCAAGGUGAUCUACCACAUCUCACCUGAGUCUGAAACAGCAAACCCAAUCGAAGAACAGGAACAGGUGACAGAUUUGCAGGAAGAAACGACAGAUAACAUGGAAGAGAAUGAAGGGGAAGUGGAAGAUAAGGAGCAUCAAGAGGAGAAAGAGCUUGAAGAGCAAGAGAAUGACGACAGGCCUCCAACUCUCCUCUGGGUGAUGAAGAAGCUUUCAUUGCUGGCUAAAAGAGAGGCAGCUGUGACACCUAAAGUGCCUUUGAAGAGAACCUGUGUUUUUAAAUUCUUGGGAGCCAUAGCUGUAGAUCUUGGCAAAGAUCGACUUGGACCUUACCUGACCACCAUUAUUGCGCCUCUCUACAGAGAGCUGGACAGCACAUAUGCAGACCAAGACCCCACGUUAAAGAAUCUGGCUCAGGAGUUGAUUGAGUUGUUGAAGAAGCAGGUUGGUCUGGAACGAUUCUCUCUGGCUUUUGCCGCAGUGCAGAAAGAAGCCGCCCAGAGACGGGCCUCUCGCAAGAAACAAAAGGCCAUGCAGGCUGUUGUCAAUCCUGACAUUGCUGCUAGAAAGAAAGUCAAGAAACAACUAAAGAAAACAGAAGCCAAAAAGAGGAAAUUUGAGUCUGUGCGUUCAGGACAUAAAGCAAAGAAAUCGAAACGCAGCUCACUAAGGGAUUUGGCCAUGAUCAAGUGAACAGUUUCUCUGCUGCUUAAUGUUUCUGCAGCCUGAGGCAGCAAAGGUCACCAAAAGUGUGGCGUAAAGCUGAGGACAGUGUGUUGGCUGUAGACACCAAGAGACCCUAUGAGUCAUUAAAGGUAUAUUCUGUCAUUUACACAAGUGUUUUUUCAAACCCAUAUUAUUUUCUUACGUGGGCCAAAUACGGCCUCAGUCAUAUGUGUUUGGAACAACAUGAGGGCGAGUAAAU